GUUCAGUUCUGCUGUGAGCAACAUCAACACACAGAUCUGGAAUAGAAUAAUUUGUGCAAGUGCAUCGUGUGAUGAACAGUGACGUUAAAAUGGUGAACAAAGACGAGACCGUACUCGAUGUGCCAGCCAGGCCAAAAGCACCGAAGUGUUCGUUCUCGAUCAGUUCGCUGCUCCCCGAAGUGGCGAUGGAAGCCAAUUCGCCGCCACCAGAAGACGACAACAUCGAAAUCGAUGUGGAAAGUGAAUCGGACUGUGAAGAUCUGGACGUGACCGGCACCUCACCCUUAGAUUGUUCAAAAUCCGUCGAAAACAAAGAGGAAAGUGACAAGUCGAAAGAAAAACCGACGUUCAGUUACAACGCCUUAAUCAUGAUGGCAAUCUCGAACAGCCCGAACAAGCGUUUAACAUUGAACGGCAUCUACGAGUACAUCAUGAAGAACUUCCCUUACUACAGGGACAACAAGCAAGGAUGGCAAAACUCGAUCAGACACAACCUAAGUCUGAACAAGUGCUUCGUGAAAGUGCCCAGACACUACGACGACCCCGGCAAAGGCAACUACUGGAUGUUGGACCCCUGUGCCGACGACGUCUUCAUCGGCGGCUCCACCGGCAAGCUGCGUAGACGUUCCACGGCCGCCUCCAGGUCCCGCAUGGCGGCGGUUAAACGCAGCAUGACCCUGUACCAUCCGUACCAGCAGUUCUACGCAGCUCCAUUCCUGCCCGCCUACCGUUAUCCGUACAUGCAGAACGCACCGCCGACGAUCCCGAUCAUCCCGAGACCGACGCCUCUGCAAGCCAUGCCAUCCCAAUUCGGUUUGGACCGUCUCAUCAAUACCUCGCCCGAAUAUUUCCGGCCGCAAUUCGAGUUGUACCAGAACGCGAUGAGGCUGCAACAUCCCAUGAUGCCGCCGCAGAAUGUCGCCCUCUCGCCCACCUCCACCUCAAGUUCGCCGGAACCGAGGGCGAGUCCGGAGGCGGCCAUGUACCAUCAGCAAAUCAGCUUCGGUCCGAGAAGUUAGGGAGAUCAGACUGAAAUUGUUUAUUUUGUAAAUAAUUGUACAUAGAGAUUAAUUUAUUUAAGAGGAUGAUGUACGUACAUGUGAUUUUAGACUUACAAUUAGAUCUUCGUAUACAAGAUACUCUCAAUGUGAUGUUAGCUUUAAGGCAGAGUUGUACAGUAUUAUUCAAUGAUAUAUUAUUAUUGAGAAAUAAAUUAUUUAUGUGAUUCCCUA